AUGGCGCUGCUGACUCGGCUCCGCGCCCGGGCUUCUUCCCAGCCCGCGGACGCGAAUAAUAAUUCCCAACCGGCCUCGAAGCCUCGCAAACUCUUCAAGAAGCGCUUCUCGCGCGCUUCGUCCGCUGAACCCUCCGCGCCAGAUGGGCCCGUGAAUCCGGACGCGUGGAGAGAGCCUACGCCCGCGCCUGCGCGCCGAACCUGGAAGGAAUCUCCGUACAAACUCAGCCCUGCCACCAACCCAAUCCUCGCCACGAUGAAGCCGCUCGGCGAGUUCCCCUCUGCUGCGGAGUACCGUGCAGUCAACCUUAUUCCGCCCAGCGUGAAGAAGAACCGCGCUGCCAAGUCCCUGUCGCAGCCGGCCGUGCAUGUUGUCGCUGAAGCUACCGAGUCCGACACGCCCAUGACUCCUGUUGCGGAGGAGGCAGUCGCUGAUGUGCCCCGUCUGGACGUUGAGAUGGAGAAUUUUGAGCCGACCAGCGGGGUUGAGACUGGGAAGGACUCUGUCGAGGACAUUGUUGGCGCGGAUACGAUGGAAGAUGCUGCUGCGGAAGUGGAUGAUGCUAUCGCGACCAACCUGGCUACGCCUGUUUCCGAGGCUGUCGAUGGAAAGCAGACUGCGCGCACUUCUAUCUCUCCUGCCACCGACACUCCUGCCGCUGAAGCAGUUAUUCCUCCUGCCACGCACCCUAUCUCGUCCGCGCCUGAGACGCAACUCGAGGCGCUCAUCACCGCCACCUCUCCUCUCCCCGAUGCCCCAACUACCUCAGCUCCUGCUUUUUUCAAGGCCCGCCGGAAGAAGGCCAACGUUGGUAUGCCCGACUAUGUGGGUAUCCUCAACUCUAUUCCCCUCCCAUCCUCAACCGAUUACGAUGUUUCCCAGCUCAAGCGGGUCAUCGAGGCCGCCAUCACACAUGCACUUGAAAAGGGAGAAAGCGAAAUUGCCCUGUGUCUCGUCUAUUACUGGUCCCGUUCGUCCAAUGACUCUUUCCUGCUGUCCCUGAUCGACAACAUCGGGCGCAAGGAGCCCAACUACCAACUCGACCUUGCUCUCAAAACCGUCCUACGCAAUUCUAGGGUUGACGCCAUCGAAUGGAUCGGGAAGAAGUCUAUCAAAGAACGCACCACGCGUCGGACCCGUGCUGCAGCGGCUGAUAGUGACUCAAAUCUUUCCGAGGCCAAGUCCAUCGACCCCAACAAGCCCAACCAGACCAAGCCCGCUGCUCGCAAACCCGUGCCGACUGCUUUUGAAAAGGGCAAGUCCAACACUGUUCCACUCCAGAAGCCCAAGAAUAGGGCCCCAUUCCUGGAGAAAUUCCACAAGCGCCGCGAGGAAUGGGAGAACGAUGAAGAGCUUGGAGAUGAGCUGCGCAAGAAGCGACAGAAGCUCUCCCAAGACCAACAAGAUGUCGUAGUGCCGAACGCCAAGGUGAGCCUUUGCCGUUCGACCCUGAACAAGGGGGCCGAUCGGAUUGCGCAGGAUGAGAGUGCUCGGCAGCAUUACCGCUCGCUCUCCAUUGACACCCACCUCUCUGACAUGUCCAUUUUGUCCGACUCGGCCUACUCCGAGCGAAUCAAUGACUGGGUCGCGCCUCAUGACCCCCGUUACAUGCCAAAUCAAAUGUAA